GUGUGUUUGCAAGCGAUUGAUAACAAGGACCUAUUCCAAAACUAAAAUGAUUUCUUUUUUCCAUCGCCCAGAACUUUCAUUUUUCUUCUAGUUCACAUUUAAUUUUCUCUCUUAACUCUGGUUUAAUUUUCUCCAAUAAUUUCAAAGUGUUUGGUUCUAAGAAGCUUAAAGGAUCCAAGCCUCAAUGCCAUCUGUUUAUCGUGAAACACUGAGAGGUUUGAGGAAGAGUUCUGUUAACUGAUGUCCAUCAUGAUGAAAGGAUCUUGAAGUGAAGGGUCUCAUUUUCAACAAAAAUGCAUUCUCCCCAGUCUCCUGAGAGGAGCAAACCAACUGUACCUCCAAAGCCAGCUGCCCUGUCUCUAUCAAAUUCAAGUAAUGUUCUCACAGGAGCCUCAAGGAGUAGCAAGGUUGGCAUCUCUCAAAAUCACUGCUGUCAGACCUCAUCCUUCUUGGCCAAGCUGAGUAACUGUGAGCCGUCAAAAAAUGUCAAUAUCUCUCCGAAGCCACCAAUAUUGCCCAAGCCAGCUCAUUUAAAAAACUUCAGAAGUCCUGUUCCUUGCAACUCAACUAGUCCAGAAAUACCAAAAAAGCCUUUUCGUCUAAAGUCCAAAGGCAGUACAGAGUGUAGCAUAAAUGAUGAUGAUGAAACUGUGAUCUCCACAGAUGUAUGUGAAACAUUAAAAAUUCUGUCUAUUGAAAAGUCUCUCCAUGAUAUAGCUGAAUCAAUCAAGAAAGCCUCCAAUGUAGAAUCUAUUGUAGAAACAGCUGCCAGUGAUUCUUUUGACAAAGUUUACAAAAUUUCUGAUGAAUUAGAUUUCAAUCAGUCGCCAAUUGAACAAAAUACCUUGAAACUCAGUAUUUCGGAAACACUUACAAACAAUACUUUCAUCCAACAAUCAUCAAUAUCAAACGAAGACAGUAGCUUCAUCAAACAAGCAUCAAUAUUAAAUGAAAAUGAACUCAACUAUGUGCAUUCAUCCAUUAAAAGCAUCACAAAUGAUGCAAAUCUUGAAAAAAAUGAAACUACAGUCACCUCUCAUCGUGAAAUUUUCCAUUCCGAAACUUGGAGUACAUUCUCAAAAAACAUUAAAGUAGAAAGUGAUGAAUCAACAGAAAGAAAUGAAGAAACAUCGAACAGAGUAAUAGAAAAGAGCAAUAUUCAUUCUGAUGAGCAAAAUAAGGAAGCUUGUGCGGAUGGAAUUUAUUGCAUUUCUCCGCCAUCAGAUGCCCCUAACGAUUUAAAAUCCUUUCAAAUUGUGUUGACGGAUGUUGUAGAAAAUCAAAUUGAAGGAUUAUCAAGUGAAUCAAAUUUAAAUUCAACUGUUGUCUCAGCUGAGCAAGAUUUAGGAGAAGGAUUGACUGAAACUGAAAAUGCUGUGUGCUCUGUUAUUUCGGGUCCAAAUGGCAGAGGGAGCAUCUCUGAUCUUGAAGUGUCGAAGUACUCGAAAGGAAAUCAGUCAGAUGUUGAGUCUGUUGGAAGUGAUACUAGUGGAUCAUAUUCUGUAAGACGGCGGCUUACCAUGUGGUUUGGCUCAUUUGGUAAAGGGGUCAAAGAUCGCAAGAAAAAACGUCAAAGUUUUACAUUUUAUAGCGAUGAUGGUAACGAAGAUGGUGAUUCAUCUGCAAGUCAAAUUGAUGACUCUUUUGCGGAUCGUAGCAAUGAUACAUCUGUCAAAGCAAGUGAUUCAUCCAGCACCGGAGAAGUUUCUAAGCUCCCGACCAUUGAAAAACUGAGUGCUGAUUCAGGAGGAAACAGAAGUUCCAUGUCAGAUGAAAGCCUGGAAAACGUAGUCUUGAAUGCAUCCAGAGUCACUGAAAACAAUCAUGAGAAAGUUAUAGAAGAAAAUACAAAGGAGAAAAAGUGUAAGAAAGCAUUUUUAGUAGCCAAGGAGCUUACAACAUCAGAAAAAGUCUUCAUCAAUGCUUUGAGUCUAAUUUGUCAUGAUUUUACAGCGUUCAUAAACAAAGCCUCCCCAGACCCUUCAAAUCCUGUUCUCCCACAACCUGAUCUUCAGAAAGUCAUUGGAUCUCUACCGCAAUUACUGCUUUUCAACCAAGUUCUUCUGCAAGACUUCGAAAAUCGAAUCAAAACAUGGGAGAGUCAACCUAAAAUUGCAGAUGUUAUAGUAAAAAAAGGUCCAUUCUUAAAAUUAUAUACUUCAUAUAUCAAGGAUUUCCAGUCUCAAUGCGAAUUUUUAGAUGAGUGUUGUCAAAAGUAUUCUCGGUUCGAUAAAGCUCUGAGAGACUUUGAGUGCUCUGAUAUCUGUAAGAAGUUAACUCUGAAGCAUUAUAUGUUGAAACCAGUUCAGCGGAUUCCCCAGUACCGAUUGCUUCUUGAAGAUUAUCUUUCUAAUUUGGAUCCUGAGUCGGAGGACUACCUAGAUACUCAACAAGCUCUCCAUGUCGUCUGCGAUGUUGCGAAUCAUGCAAAUAAAAGUAUGAAGCAAGGGGAUCACUUGAGUAAGUUGCUUCAAAUUCAAGCUCAGCUUGGCAAUUACGAAAUAGUGAAACCAGGAAGAGAAUUCGUCAAAGAGGGAGACCUGUAUAAACUGUCUCGAAAAAGUCUGCAACUUCGAUUUUUAAUACUGUUGAGUGAUACACUUAUUCUCACCUCAUACUAUGGUUCAAUGACUGGUCUAAAGGUGAAUUAUGAAUUACCUCUAAGUGGUAUGAAGGUUUAUGUUCCUCAAACUGAAGAUUAUCACAACGAAUUUAGCAUCAUCACAACCACCCGCAGUUUCUCUCUUAGAGCCAGGACACAAAUAGAGCGUCAAGAGUGGGUGGAAGCAUUAGAAAGUGCAAUCAGGGACAACAUCCAACGGCAACUAAGUUUUCUGAAUUUGAAAGCAGCACCCACCAGUGUCACGCAAAAUGGUGGUGAAUUCAAAAUUGGCAAGGAGGCGCCUGUUUGGAUCCAGGAUGGAAGAGUAACCAUGUGUCAAUCAUGCACAGCUGAAUUCACAGUGACAUUCCGGAGGCAUCAUUGCAGAGCAUGUGGAAAAGUUGUUUGUGGAAACUGCUCUGAUUACAAAGCACCCUUACAGUAUAUGAAAUUCCAAGCUGAAAGAGUUUGUGAAGAUUGUUUCAAUAUACUGAUUAAAGAGUUUGUGAAUCCGUCUAGUCAACUUCGUGAAGCAAUCAAAAAAGAUUUCAAUUUGAAGAGUUCUGAAUCUGUAGAUUCUGCUUUAGAAGACAUAUUUAACUUAUUCAAGAGAGCAACGCUAGGUGGCUCCAAAAAAUUCAAAAAAAUUCAAGAGAUUCCUCAAAGAUUAAGAGAGGUGACAGCAAACGAUUCAGGCUCUCAGAUGAGUGGUUGGCUGUUAUAUCGGAAAGAAAAACGCUCUUGGAAACGAUUCUGGUUUGUGUUGAAGGACCAAGCUCUGUACUUUUACAAAGCCUCUGAGGACGUCGUUGCCCUUGGUAGCAUUGCUGUUCUCGGUUUUAAAGUGGAAGACUCUCAAGAGCAGGAUCUCAUGGAAGUAUCUGAUUCCAAGCGUGUCUUUCAACUAGUUCAUCCUGGUCGAAAACCAAUGACAUUCUGUGCCGAUAACAGAGAUGCUGCCAAGAGGUGGAUGAAGGAAUUACACGAAGCAACCGUGCUGAGGUAGAAUGAGACUACACUCCUGUUAACAGUCAUAUCUUUCAAGUCUUUCAAAGUUGUGCCCCUAAUUUCCAAUUGGGCUAAAGAACAAGUGGAAUCGAAGCUUUUGUCUCCUUUUUAUCGAAAACGAGGUAAAAUAAUUUAAUUUUGAAAUCCUAUUGAAAGAAAGUCUCUAGUUUUGCACUAUUUUUUUCAUGCCUUGCAAAGGUCACUGUGACAAAAAUUCAAAGGGAACUUCAAUAAUGUUCUGUAUCAAAAAAUUGAAAGUUUUAGCUUAAGUUUUUAUGUUUUUUAUGGGAAUUUUGCUGUUUUUAUGUUUGAGAUACUUUAAAAGGAACAAAAUGCAUAAUUUUUUAAUUUUAAAGGAUUUUUUUUAGUCAGUAAGCUGAUGACAAUUGAAAGGCCAAAUCAUUCAAAAUCAAUUUUCCUGUGCAAAAAUGUGUGAAAAAAUAUACUUUUUAAGCGGUUACUCAACUCUAAAUCUAAAUUCAACAUACAACUCUUAAACAGCUUAAAAUGGCUAGCUUCUGAUCAACUAAAUUUCGCUUUUGCAACUGCAUAUUUUUGCAGGAGAAAAAUGUGAAACGACCACUGUAUAAGCUCAUUAAAUAAUGUAAGGAAACUUGGAACACAGAGCAAUGCAGCAUAAGAGUUUUUACGAGGUAAACAUUUGUCACCAAAUUCGCUGUCAGCAAUCAAAAGUUUUCUUUUCAAUUAAUAGCUCUGUUAUAUUGAAUUGGUAAACUUUUUUCAAUUAUGUUGGAUUUUGGGGCUUGGGACCUCAGAAAUAUAUUGGUUCGUGCCUUUUGAGUUCAGUGAUCAAUAUCCUUUUAAGGACAAUGUUCUCAAAUAACUUCUUUACCUUCACCAUGAAAAUAUUUGAUGCGUAUUACCAGCUGGAAGAACUAGUUUUAGCUCCACUGAGAUUCAUGUGGCAAAGCAUGAAGUGAGGCUUUGGUUUCAAGUUAGCCACCGGCACCGGUUAAUGGAAACACUCAAAUGAAAAUUGGCUACGCAGAUGAAGCGUAAUGCAUGAUAGAUUAAUGACACUAGAUUCAAUAUAGCACAGUGAAUCAUAAUAUCUCUUGAGUUUUAUUAUUGAACGUAUGAAACUUGUUUCACUUGUUUGUUAUCAUUAUUUCUCCGUGCAGUUCUGAAUAAAUUUUAACUGAAGGAGAAAUAAUGCUGCAAUGUUCUCCUCCAUCAUCUUGUAAUUGGUUAAGAGUUAAAGAAUUGCAGCCACAUUUUUGGAAAAAUUGAGCUCUUUGUAUUUUUUAUAGGCAUGUAUUUUAAAGGCCUCUAUAUGUAUAAAAAAGUUCAUAGCCAUAUUUAAUGUCAAGUAUGAGGUACAGAACUCAAAGAAUGGAUCAGUUGGGCUGUUCAUAGAAUCUUGUUUUGAUGGUUUCAGUAUAUAGAUUAGCAACAAUGAAAAAUAUAAAUGAUAAUAUAUUUAAACUCCAAAUUUCUGUGUCAAAUAUCCAUGAAGAUAUUAUUUAUCAAAAAACAUGCCAUAUGACGUCAUCCACCGUGGUAAAGCAUACUGUUGUUUUUUUCACCUUGAUUUCAUUUGUGUUUUUCACUGCUCAACCACACCAAAAAUGUGUACCAGUGGUUGAUUUAAUCAAGGUAAAAGAGACUAUCAUAUGCACCAUUGCGGUGGAUGAUGCCAUACGCCAUGUUUUUUGAUGGGCGAUAUCUCAGUAAAUAUUGGAUACAGUUCAGCGUUUUAUACAUAUCUCAUUGAUUGUUGCUAAUCUGUAAGCUUAAAUCAUCAAAACUCAAUUCUAUCAUUAGCGCAACUAACCCGUUAUAGAUUGCAUUUCCACCAGAGAGAUUGUUGCACAGUUUUCCUGUGAUACCUCAAAUUGAUAAAAAAUGAGUAAAGUUUAUUUUGAGGCUUGAAACCUGUAAGCGCUGUCUCAUCAGCUGUCAACAUUUUUAGCAAUCAGAUGAAGGAAAUAAAUUAUUUUCGAUAGAACAGAACUACUUUUGAACCAUCGCUGGAGGCAGGUCCAAAUUAAUCUGCUAGAACUCAAAGCAAUGCCUUUUGUUUUAUCGAACAAGAGGUUCAGAACUCAAAUAAGAUGCACAACAGUAAGAGUUGGGUGUAAAAACUAAUUCUGAACCUCAAAAGAAAAUUUUUCGGACGAAGUUAAAGAUUCUUUAGCUCUUAACUCUAUUUCUAUCUUCCAUAAGACUUUUAAAUCUGAAAAGUUUAUCUUCAUUGUUUGCUCAAUUUUAAAUUUUAUUGUGCCUCUUUAUUCGAAUGAAUAUUUUCUUCCAGUAUUUUCAAGAAUUUUAUUGAAGUGAAUCAUCUUUUGAUAUUUUCCUAAAAUCGGAUUUUACCUAACUUGUAUCCUCACUGCUUUGUUCUAAAAUUUUACCAGUUUUUGUAGUUAGUUGUUUUUCUUUAAAUGGAUUUUAUGUAUGAUAAAAAUUUAAAAAAUCUAGAUCAAAUUUUACCAAAAAUGAUUUAUUUUUUUAUAAAAUUUUAUAUUUUUGGACACACCCAAACCCUUUUUAUUUUUAGAUAAGUUCAUGUUUUUAAAGCUGUUGCUUUUUUUCUCAAGAAAUGUCCAAUAUGCCUCUCAAGAUCUAAUCAACAGAAAAAAUGUAAGAGCCUAUUAGAGGUUAUUAAAAUGCUUUAGAUUUGGAGGAUAAAGCUUUCUUUAACUUCCAAAAAAAAUAUCGUUCUCAAUACCUCAUUCAAUCCCCACUCCCCCCCCCCACAUCUUAUUUUCUGUUGCCCCUAAUUUUGUUCAGUCCUAACUGUUAUAGGCUUCUUUUAAAGCGGGAUAUUUUUUGUUCUGUUUGAGAUUUAGGCUAAUUGUAUGAAAGAAAGAAAUCUCCGAAAUACUCAGAUAGUGGGUAUGGUAUUUUAGAAAAUGAUACUUUUUUAUGUGUAUUAAAUUCACUUAACCAUUAGUGGUCGUUUUCUCAAACAUUAAGAGGCUCUUUUAAGAGGCAAUUUUCCAACUUUUUUGUAAAUGUGUGGUUUUUUAAUUGUAUUUAAAUUUUUGUUAUGAACACUCAACUGUGAUAUUGUUUAAUUUCUAGAUCAUGUAAUUAUGUUUUGCCAUUUGAAUAUGUUCAGAAGUAAAUUUUUAGAUUUUAUCGAGUUAAGAACUAUUUUAUAAAGUCAGCUGAGUUGAUGAAGGGUUCUGCAGAAACCAGGUUUUUUUUUUAAAAAAAUAAAAAUUAAUGAUUUAGAUUUAUUUGUGAAUUGUAUUAAUGUAUGAAUGAACUUCAUGCACUUAAAAAAUUUUAUAUUACAUUGAGGAAAGCUAAAUUUUGUAUGAAAAUGUCAAUCCUCGCAUCAAAAAUGUGUGCGUGUGGAGGUUUUAUCAUCCCUUAUUUUUUUAAUUGACUUAGAUGCAAGCUCAUAAAAAACUUUCUCUGUAACAUCACUUCAGAUGAAAAAAGGGAAUCAUGUUGCCGUUGGGUGUGAAUGUUUUUUUCUGAAUGCUCUAACCUUUGCCCAGAGCUCCACAAGUUCAUAAUUUUUGUACUGUGAAGUUUUUCAGCACUCCAAAUAUUUUGCUGUUUUGCUAUUUCACAGCAAUAUAAUCUACUAAAUCAUCUCAAAUCUUCAACUAAAUCUUGUAAUAAUUUCUCUUGUACAAUUAAUUCCAGAAUCUGCCGCGAUCAAAAUGUUAAUGUUAGAUCAAGAGGGGUAUGCAGUCAUACCUUAUUUUAGGUAACACUUCUUUCCCUUUACUUUGUAGUGAAAUCUUCGUUGUGGUGUUGUUAACAGAGAAAAUUUCAAAGAUUUCUGUAUCUCAGUCCAUGAAGUACUUCUGAAUGGACCACCAAUCAAAGUGCGAAUUCAAGCAUUAUGUUUUCCCAUCAAAAUUUCACGGAGAACACAACUUGUGCGAAGAAAGUUACUGAAAUUAACUCCCAAUCAGUCGGUUCUGUAAUCAGUGCUGAAUGAAAACUUAAAUAUUCUGGUUAGGAGGUAAUUUAAAAUGUUCAAAACGUGUUCUGUGUGAAAUUUUUAAAAUAAAGCUUAUAUCAAGAUGCUCAAGUUCGUUCCUUGUUCGGUGGUCCAUUAUGCAGUCUAAACGUAAGGCAACGGUCUAAAUUGUGGAGUUAAGGUAGGAGAACGGCCUGAGUGGCACAAUCGGGUUUUACAAAGAGGGUGUUGAAAGUUUUUUCAUUAUUACUAGUCUAUAAACUAGUCUUCCACUUUACAAAAUACUUUCCUUUUCUUAUGUUGCUAAAUCGUGAAAUUAUGUAUGUCUGAGUUUAAAGAUGCGUGCACCCUAAAGAGUAAACCCAUGAAAUCCGAUCGAGCCUUACCUGGGCAGUUUUUCCGUCUAAUUUCUUAAUUUUUCUGCACUGAUUUAUUAUUGAUUCUCUAGUAUUAAUAGUUACAUAAUUUUUUUCAAUAUAAUAUGAUUCAGUAAAAUUAUUUUGUAAAAGGUUUGAUGGCUUCCUGAAUUCUUACAUAUUUUUAUCGAAACAUAAAAAUGCUUUAGCGAUAUCAGGAUUUAGUUCAAGCUUCCAUUUCUGUUAUCAAGCUUUCAUUUCAUGUUCUUCUCCCCUUUUAUGUAUCCUUCUUUUUAGCAGUAUGAGUAUGAGAUUAAGUCAUUAUUUAUUUAGAAAUAAACAUUUUUUUUUCUAAAUUUCUUCCGAAGAGAUUUGUCAGGAAUGUCAUACCUCUUCAUUGGCUCUCAUCAAAUCACAAUGAACACGAAAACAUUUAUAAUUUAUCUUGCUGUAAGGAAAGAAUCAAUCAUGCUUUCUUUUAUGAAGAAAUGUUAAGGAGAGUAUGAACAUUUGUCCUACCUAUAUGUAUUUAGCUUCCUUAGAUAUAUGACAAUCAUUGAGUCUUGCCUUGACUGCUUUCCAAGAAUCUGAUCCAGAGGAAGUGAAGAAGGGUCUCGAAUAUGAUGUGAUCAAACUUCUAAGCAGAGUGCCCAAAGGUAAAGGCUGAAUCAAAUGUAAUAUCGCUAACCUUUACCCUCAAUGAGACAAUAAGUGGAGCCUUUAACGGCUAUACUGUGACUCUCAUUUUAGGUCAUUUUGAUCUCAAAAUUUGAUAAUAUACUCAUGAAAUAAGUUUCAACUCCUGCGAAUCCGAUUUUUUUUAAAAAAAAAAAAAAAAUCUGGAUGAAACUUACAAUUAAGUCACCUAUUGAAGUGGUGGUGUUUUGCGGACCAAAAAUCCUAAAAUUUACUUUAAGUUUUGUCAAUGGUGUCUAAGUGAUAUGAGUAUUAUGAGGCUCGUCCGACAUACCUCCAAUAAUGUGUGACAGUGAUAGAAAACUUCCAUAUUCAUGUAAUUCAUAUCUGCCGUUUACGUUUUGUGCGGCUAAGUAUGAUGGUUGAAUUUUCUAUACAGUAAAAUAUCAAAGAAUCGUACUUUUUUUCGCCACAGAGAGAUUAUCGUCGUUAUGGGCGCUGCGCAGAAAAAUAUGGUACUUAGUGAUUCCUUACAUUAACAGCCUUCGCACUUUUCUGUGGCUCAGCCAAGGCCAAAGAGAAAUUAUGAUA